CAGUUCUACUUCCGGUUCGAUUCCGCCAUAUAAACGAGGGGAAUGACAGGUACAUACAUGGAUCGUGCGAAUUAACGUGAAGCGGCGAAACACGGGGAGCGUUAGCCUCACUGGGGUGGAAUUGACGCGAGAAGUACGCACGCCGAGGAUUCGCAAGGGAAAGAGAAACAAAGAGAGUUGGUGAUAACUCGUGAGUUCUUUUAAACAUUCGUGAAGAAUGGCGAACCACGACGAGUUAGUCUCGCAAUUCGCAGACGUAACUGGUGUUGAGGCCGAGAGAGCGCAAUUCUACCUUGAGUCGUCCGCUUGGCACCUCGAGGUUGCCCUUGCGAGUUUUUAUGAGAAUGAUGAAACACCUGCAUUGGUGACCGAACCUGCUGAUGGUACAGAACAAGCAGAGGGCUCACAGGACAAUACUACAGACACGAUGUCGAAGAACACAAAGUCUGACACAGCAGAGUCUAAAGGCGCCAAGCUGAAGCCUAAAUUUGGGACAUUGAGUGAUCUUCAGAACAAAGACAGCAGUUCUGAAGAUGAAGAGGGACAGGCGUUUUAUGCCGGAGGUUCUGAACAUAGUGGUCAGCAAGUUUUAGGACCAGGAAAGAAGAAGGAUAUCAUCAGUGACAUGUUCAAGUCGUGUCAGGAGCAAUCCCUUGCAAUGGAACCACCAAAAAUGGGAGGCCAACAGAGGCCGAACACAUUCAGUGGUACUGGAUAUAAAUUAGGUCAAACUAGUUCAGACAGUGAAGUGGUAAAGGGAACAAGUGCAGAUCAACAACCCUGCUCAAGUGGUCUCUUUAUAUUAAAACUAUGGAAAGAUGGAUUUAACAUAAACGAUGGCGAAAUCCGAUCAUACAACGAACCUGAAAAUAGAGAAUUUUUAGCUGCCGUCAAGAGAGGUGAGAUUCCAGCAGAGAUUCGUCAACAAGUACCGAGUACAGAUUUGCGACUUGAUAUGGAAGAUCGUCGCCAUGAAACCUAUGUUCCGACGAAAGCUAAGGUGAAAGCCUUCUCUGGGAAAGGACACAUGCUAGGAAGUCCAUCGCCAGCUACUGUAGGUAUGACAGUUCCAACAGACCCCGCAGACCAGGCUGCUAACGAAGCGCAAGCGAAAAAAGAACUAAAUGUGGAUUCUUCAAAACCAACCACAACGAUACAAAUCCGUCUUGUGGACGGUAGUAUUGUAAAGGCUCAGUUCAACCUGACGCAUACAGUCAAUGAUAUUAGACGAUAUAUAAUAACUAUGAGACCUCAAUAUGCUUUGAGGGAUUUUAGUCUUUUAACUAUGUAUCCAACAAAGGAGCUAACUGAAGACAAAACAAUUGAAGAAGCUGGUUUACAAAGUUCGGCUAUAAUGCAACGACUGAAGUAAAUUUUUCUUUUCUAAAUUUUGUUAGUUCGAAAAAUGUAAGGGUCAGAUAUUUACCAAAUAUAUGUUAAACCACUUGAAAAUAAAGUUUCUAUGUAUUUUUAUUAGGA